AAGAAAAGGCGUGUUAGGCGGAACAGGCAUAUAAAAAAGCGGUCACAUUUUUUCUAAGAUCAGUUCCAAAAUCGAUCUGUUCAUAGAAACUGUUCGGAGCCAUAUCACAAUGUACAAAUUCUACACUAUCGCCGCUCUUUUAGUAGCUGUAAGCGCAGCGCCAGCCGAAUACCAAGGUGCCACAUCAUUUGUCAAAUUCAACGAUAACCACAAUGCCGUCAACCACAUCCAUUCAGCACCUGCUUACCAAGCUCCUUCGUAUCACGCCUCAGCUGCUCCUGCCUACGCUGCACCAGCUGUAGCCAAAGUAGCUCUUCCGGCCGUAGCCAAAAUAGCUGUACCUGUAGCUACCAAAUACGCCGCUCCCGCCUCUCCAGCAUACGCCUCGGCUCCUACUUAUUCCUCCUCGUCAGCCUAUUCUGCCUCUGCUCCUUCUGCUUAUUCUUAUUCUUCCGCUCCGGCUGUAGCUAAGGUAGCUGUCCCAGUAGCUAAAUACGCCUCCGCUCCAGCUUACAAAGAAGAGGAAUACGCUAUCAUUCCAUACGAAUUCGCUUACGCUGUACAAGACCCACACACCGGAGACUACCACUCGCAAGAAGAAAAAAGUGAUGGGCAUCACGUUGUUGGACAGUACUCCCUCCACGAAGCUGACGGAACCAUCAGAAUCGUAAAGUACUCUGAUGACGGACAUGGUUUUAAUGCCGUAGUAGAAAAACAGGGAGAACCAGCCCAUGCUCCAGGUGCUUAUAAGAAAGUAGCUGCACCGCAAUAUUCUCAUUAA